CUUGGCUUACUCUUUACAUAUCAUAAUAAUCCAAGGCCACCACAUGUUUCUCUGAGGGUACAAUCUGGGACGGUUAAUAAUAGUCUACAAGGAAUUCAAUACAAGGAAUUCAAUACAAGGAAUUCAAUACAAGUCACAUAUAACUAAAUAAAAAUGAGGAGUGCUUUUCCUUUACUUCUGGCACUUGUUGUCGUGACAGAAUUGCAUACUACGUUUGCAAAGAGCAAGAAAAAUCAUGGUCACAAUAAUGAAGCAGUGAAACAUAUGAAAUGGAAAAUAGAUAGUGGUCAGAAACAUGCUGAAUUGAAGUUCCAAUCAUAUGUUGAGUCACUGCGAAAGACAAGGAAGAAGGCAGGAAUUACAAAGUAUGGCAGGAAGCAGUGGCAAAGAAAAGAGAGGAAGUCAUUCUUGAAAACUGUAGGUUUAUUCUGUGGAAUAGACCCAUCUAUAAUGCAGAAUGGAGACAGAGAGAGAAUCAAUAACCAUGUAAAAGCCUCCAAGGACUGUUUAAACAUAUGUGAUGCAAUAGCAUGUGACCUCCCCUACCCUAAGUCUUACAUUGCGUAUCAUCUGAGAGGAGAGAAGAUCACAACUGAUGGUAGGCUAGAAGAGAGAGCUUGGCUUGAGGUGCCAUGGACCGAUGCCUUCAUAGAUAUUCAGGGGGCACAGCAUCCAACACCAAGAUUUCAGACCAGAGCUAAAAUGAGAUACGAUGAUGAAUAUCUGUAUAUCGCUGCAAGAAUUGAUGAACCAGAUAUAUGGGCAAACCAGACUGAACACGACUCAGUUAUUUUUCAAGACAAUGACUUUGAGGUGUUUAUAGAUCCAGGGUCCAGCACCCAUGGAUAUAAGGAGUAUGAGAUGAAUGCUCUUAACACAUACUGGGAUCUGGAACUGAAUAAGCCCUAUAUGAAUGGUGGGUCACCAAAUAGCAGUUUUGAAAUGGCCAAGCUCAAGCGUGCAGUCUUCAUCAAUGGGACCAUCAAUGACCCAAGUGAUACAGACAAUUAUUGGAGCGUUGAAAUUGCUAUGCCAUUCAGUGAUCUUAUCCGAGACACUCCAGUGACAUCAGCGCCACCUGGAGACAAAGACCAAUGGCGGAUUAAUUUCAGCCGAGUGGAGUGGAAGGUGCGGAAAGUUGGGAAACAUUAUGAAAAGAUACCCAAGCUUAAACCCGAUAACUGGGUGUGGAGCUCACAGCGAGCCAUAAACAUGCAUAUUCCUGAAAGAUGGGGCCUCGUAGAGUUCCGUAAUACCAGUAAAGUAGGUCAUUUGAGGUACAAUAGGUGGCAGAAGUGGACCGUUCUAUCUGGGGCCUUCCAAUUCUAUUAUGCUAUGAAGGAAUUCUGGGUGAACAAUGGAUACUACAGCAAGAAUGUUAAGGAUUUGCGACUAUCUCCCGCCAUGCUGAAUGGACGUUGCGUUACUCUCCCACAAUUCUCAGAGACAAAUGAGGAGUACAGAUUUAACCUCUCGGUAAGAUCUGUGCACCUCCCACGUUUAAUGUGUAUGAUACAAGAUGAUCGCUUUACUCAGUGCGAAAUUCAUCAUUAACAUUACUUAUUAGCAUAAUAUGGUGUGGCCAGGUAUUACAUUAACACUACUCCAUCAGGCAAUGAUUAGUUGAUAAUUUCAAUAAUUAAUUAAUAAUUUGAAAACCUUCAAGGCUACCAUAUUAGAAUAUAAAGAUAAGGCUGUACAUCUGGGAAUUUAUGGAUCCAGAAACAUGCUAGCUCUGAUUCAAAGAGACAGACAAAAGGCUCACGUUUGAAUUAUUUAUACCUCAUGUGCAAUUACAAAGAGGCAGGUGAUAUAAAACAUAGAAGCGAUUCAUUAUUUAGUAGGACUUAUAUUGGAAAAACAGAACGGUAGUUGUUGCUAUAAAUGUUCCCAAUUUUUCAUUGAUUCCAAGGAAUAUUCCAAGAUAUAUCCUAAUUAAAAGCCUUUACAAAUACAGGGUGAUUGCAGAC